AUGGAUCCAUGUAGUUUGUCUGAAGGUCUUCUGGUGGGUAUUGGAAACCCCCUGCUAGAUAUUUCGGCGAACGUGGGACAUGAUCUGUUGGAGAAGUAUGGUCUACAGCCCAAUGACGCUAUCAUGGCUGAAGAGAAGCACAUGCCGCUGUACAAAGAGCUCAUGGAGAAAUAUCAUGCUGAAUUCAUAGCUGGUGGCAGUGUCCAGAACACCCUGAGGGUUGCGCAGUGGAUACUCAAGAAACCUAAAGUGUGUACAUACUUCGGCUGCGUGGGGAAUGAUGACUAUGCUAGGAUAUUGAGGGAGAAAGCCAUUGCUGAUGGCGUGAACCUCCGGUACCAGAUCACAAACGAAGCCCCCACGGGGACUUGCGCAGUGCUCGUGACAGGCAUGAAGAGGUCACUGUGUGCCAACCUCGCUGCUGCGCAGAAGUUCACCCAGGAUCAUCUAGCGAAGGCAGAAUGCAAGAAGAGUAUUCAAGCUGCUAAGUUCUUCUACUCUUCGGGUUUCUUCAUAGCAGUGUCCCCGGAGUCUAUGUUGCAGUUAGCAGAGCAUGCUCAUAGCAACGGUCACAUGUUCUCUAUAAACCUGAGCGCGCCUUUCGUCUCACAGUUCUACAAAGACCCUCUGGAGAAAGUACUUCAUUACUGUGAUAUUAUUUUCGGAAAUGAAUUGGAAGUAGAAGCUUUUGCAAAAGCCUUCAACAUCACAGGGAGCUUGCAAGAGAUUGCUCUCAAAAUGGCGCAAAUACCACAAACGAAAGCCAAGAGACCCAGAGUCGUAGUCGUCACCCAGGGGCCAGACCCCGUUAUCUUAGUAGAAAAUGGUGAAAUUACAUUGAUCCCCGUACCAACACUGGAAAAGGAAGAAGUUGUGGACACCAACGGAGCUGGUGACGCGUUCACUGGUGGUUUUAUAAGCCAGUUGAUCUUAGGUAAGCCGUAUAAAACAUGUGUUGAAGGUGGAAUUUAUGGCGCUAGACAUGUAAUCCAACAUUCUGGUUGUACGUUCACUGGCGAAAGCGACUUCAAACCUAGUAGCUAG